CGCAUCAGCCAGGCGCUUCAAGCAGCUCUUCUAUCACUUUAAACGUUUGUGCGAGACGCGAAGCCUGGCAAGGCCUGUGCGGAGAGUUCGCGCUUUUGGCGGUUGCCGGGCGGUUACGCGCCGAGUCGGCAUUGAACUUGCCUUUCGAAAGGAUGACAGGAUGUCAGCUAAACAGCCGAGCUUCACGACUUGGCAUACUAUCCACAUUACUGCUCGCUAGCCGCGCGUGAGGUGUUGCGCGGCAGCAGUUUUCGGCACGAGACCCGUGGGCCCUGACCGGCGGGGGUCAAACCAGCGGGCGGGGUAAACGCGACGCAAGGACGCGACUCGUCCUUUCAAGCAGGCGAUGGUGAGCUGGCCCGUGUCUGCGGCGCCGAGCCCGGCACCGCGCAAAUCGUGACACGAACCCACACGCGGCACCCGGGGCAGCACCCUUGGGCCGAGGGCUUUCAGACCUGCGUUGGACAUGACCCAGUCCCGCCCCCUACUCCCCUGGCCGCACGUCUUCGUCCCUCCCGACAACCAUCUUCCCAACUAGGCGGCAAGCGCAAAGUACCAGAUCAGCUGGUCGGUCACAGCCCCGAGCCCCCUUUUUAGAGAAGUGAGCGCACAACAAAAGAGAGAGCAAUAAUGCGCGGCCGUUACAUCUCCUCCCGGCCUGCCACAGUGGCGGCCGGCGCGGUUCUGGUCUUGCUGCUCGCAUGCGCCUCGCCCGCUGCUGGCGCCGCUGCUACCGGCCGCAAGCUGCUUCAGGGGCCGGCCGUGGUGGGCGCGGCGCCCUUGGCCGUGACCAGCCCCGGUCCCAACAUCACCGCCGUGCCCCCUCCGGCAGGUCCCGCGCCGACACCCGCCCCGGCACCCGCCCCGGCACCGGCGCCUACACCGGCACCGCUUGCCCCCAAGCCGUCUGCGCCCGCGCCCGCGCCCGCACCUGCCCCGCCGUCGCCGUCGCGGCGUCAAGAGAUCCGCGACCAGAAGCUGGCGGCGGCGGAGGAGCGCUCGGCGGCGAUCGGAGAGCGUCUGGCCAACCACCCCGCCGCUCCCCGGCUCGCGCCCGUGGUCGCGGACCUGGCACCCACUGUGGUCACCCGUGUGGAGGAGCACCCGCACGGCCCCGCCCUCAUCCCAGUGCUGGUGCCCGCCGUGGCGCCACUGCUCGCCAAGGCAGCGCCGCCGCCGGCGCCACCCGCGCCCAAGGCCGGCCCAGCCCCAGCCAUCGCGCCCGCCGCCGCCUCGCCGCCGCCGCCGCCUGCGCCCAAGCCCGCGCCGCCGCCGCCUGCGCCCAAGCCCGCGCCGCCGCCGCCGCCGCCGGCACCAGCGCCAGGUGCGUCUGCCGACGCCGCCGCGUCCGCUAACGCGGUGGCGUCGGGCGGCGGCAGUGCUUCCGCGAACGCGAACGCAGCCGCCAUUGCAUCCGCACGGGCUCCCGCUCCCUCUCCCUCGCCGUCUCCCUCGCCCUCGCCGUCUCCUUCUCCUUCUCCCUCGCCUUCUCCUUCUCCCUCUCCCUCGCCAGCAAUCCUUGCCACGUCUACCCCCGCCCCCGCCCCGCCUCCAGCGCCUGCUCCGGCCACGGCCCCGGCGAAGGCUCCGGCGUCCGCCCCGCCUCCUCCUUCUCCUCAGCACCCGUUCCUGGACAACCACCCGCGUCUGGAGCGCAAGGCGGAGGCGAUCGAGUGAGUUUGAUUCUAAAAUAACGUUUGUGCUUGCCUGAGUUUACUGGAAGGGCCUUGGCCGGCGCGGAGGCAUGGGUUGAAGUGGGUGCGCGCGCAUCGCACGGCAUGCAGGGGUGUGAAGGGUUGCGUAGAGGCGCUCACGCGGAGCGGAUAAUGUUCAUGUUGGUAAGCUGUGCUGAAUGCCUUUGCUGCACGCCAUGCUUCCUCCUUUUUCGCGCAGGACCUAUGCCGCCUACCACAACGGCAAUUGAGGCUCCAUGCGCGGUCGGCUCGUGGGCCGUGGUCGUGGGCCGAUUGGAGCCCGAUUGCCCGAUUGCCCCCCGUGUUGCAUGGGGCAUGGGGCAUCGCUGCGACACUUAAACAGCCUUUGAUUUGGACAUAGCAUCGCGCUGAUGCGCAGGGGCGCAGCAUUGAGGUGGAUGCAGGUUUCUGGUUUGGUGCAUGAGGGUCGUUUGUGGUUUGCAGCAGUAUGGGGAGAUGCGGUUUGACACGCUGCUACAGCAUGCGUCACGGCGCGAAACUACACGGUGCCGGUGUGACGGGGUGUCUCUGUAAACCAUGCACGGCUUAGGUAGGGGUUUGGGUCCGGCACAGGUUGCAAAGCGUCGCAACAGACAAUAUAUGACACUGCGGAUUUCACUACUCACGCUGAGCUCAUGCACAUCUGUAACAUGGUGCGAAG